AUGUUUCAAUGGCAACCAUUACAAGUAAACGACAAACUAAAUAUCACAAUAAAUCCGUAUUCAUUGAGUCAAGUGUUUUCAAUCGUUUAUGUGGAUAGUCCUGUGGGAACGGGAUUCAGUUAUACCGAUCAUCCGGAUGGCUAUUGUAAAGAUCAGCCAACUAUUGCUAAAAAUUUAUACGAAUUUCUACAACAGUUUUACACUAUAUUUGAUGACUACCGGAGCAAUGAUUUAUAUUUAGGCGGAACAUCAUAUGCGGGAAAAUAUGUGCCAUCAUUUGGUCACUACUUAAUACAAAUGUCACACAUUUCUAAACUMAAUUUCAAAGGYAUACUCGUUGGCAAUGGUCUGACUGAUCCAAUCAAUCAGAUKGYAUACGAUAAGACACUAUUGACAUUGGGAUUAAUUGAUGAAAAUGAAGCCAACGAAUUGCAAAACUUUCAGAAUCGGAUUAAAGGUUUAAUWAAAUCCAGAGAUUAUAGCAAAGCGUCGACUUUAUAYCAACAGUUAAUGUUAGCAGUAUUUCAACCUAAACCCAGUUAUCUAACCAAUACAACCGGUUAUAAAGAUUUCUACAAUAUUUAUCAAUCGGAUAGUAUAGCUAAURUAUCCAUAAUUAAUGCCAUCAGAUAUCUAUUACAACCAUCGAUACGUAAUGCUAUACAUGUGGGAAAURUUACCAACAAUUUGUUUAGUGAAGUAGUGUUUCACUAUAUGGAGACAGAUAUCAGUCGAUCGGCUGAACCAAAUCUGACGGCAAUUAUYGAUAACGGAUCCAAAGUAUUGUUAUUUACCGGUAAUUUUGAUAUUAUWUGUGGCGUCGAGUCUACCAAUGGAUUACUGAUGAAUAAAAAUUGGAAAUAUUAUAACGAUUACAAUARAGCCAAACGARACAUUUGGAGAGUCAAURCAAACGACACACAAAUAGCCGGUUAUGCAAAAAGUUUCGGUAAUUUUACUCAYGUUAUCGUCCGUAAUGCCGGUCACGGAUCGCUGUUAGACCAGCCCAGGGCUACACAGGAUAUGGCCAUCAGAUUUGUCAAAUCACUACCGUUUGGAUAA